CACAUAAUUAUAAUUAUUGUAAUUACAUAAUUAUAAUUACAUAAUUGUGUAAUAAUAUCAUGCAUAUGGAAAAGAGAAUUAUACAGCAGAGAUGCAGUUUUCAGCUGUGCCAGCUGUGUGCAGGAUUCAUGAUCCCCUCCUAAUUGCCCUAGUAUUUUUACUUUUAAACAUAUACACAUAGUUAUGUAUAUCGAGAUCAGGAUUCGGUAAUUGCCAGCGGUUGCUAUACAGGCUGAUCGAUGGGAGUGUGGGGCACCGGGGACAGCGUCGGGACGAUCACUUCUGCGCACGAAAGCGCAACGUCAGUGUCAGUCCUCCAUCGGUCGCUCCGUCCAUGUGUCGAGCCAGGCCGAGCCGGUCGUAACGACGGACACCUGCUAACCUCUCUGUCUAUCCUCGGCCGGACAGCCGCGCGAACGACACCCCUGCCCCUAGGAACGUUCCAUGCUCGCAGCUAGAAUGUCCAAUUUGCGGAAAUUCAUAGACAUCGGCGCCAAUUUAACGGAUUCCAUGUAUCAGGGGGUCUAUCACGGAUCCCAGAAGCACCAGCCGGAUUUGGAUAAGGUCUUAGAACGGAGUUGGAAGAACAAUCUCUCGAAGAUCAUCAUCACGGCCGGCAGCGUGGAGGAGAGCAAGAAGGCUCUUGAAAUAGCGAGAAUCGAUGACAGACUGUACUCGACGGUCGGCUGUCAUCCGACCCGGUGCAACGAGUUCGAGGAGUGCGGCGAUCCGGAAGAGUACCUCAAGUCACUGUCCGACCUGGCGCUGAACAACAAGGACAAGGUCGUCGCCAUCGGUGAGAUGGGCCUCGACUACGACAGACUGAACUUCUGCCCCAAGGAGACCCAGAAGAAGUACUUCGAGCUGCAAUUGUCCCUGUGCUCCACGCUGAAGCUACCAAUGUUCCUGCACUGCCGCAACGCCAGCGACGACUUCGUGCGCAUUCUGAGGAAGCACAAAAACGAACUGACGCCGGGCGUCGUGCACUCCUUCGACGGCAAUCCGGAGGACGCGAAUUCCAUAUUACAAUUAGGCUUAUAUAUCGGUGUCAAUGGAUGCUCGUUGAAGACUGAGGAAAAUCUUUUCGCGAUCACUACCAUUCCCUCGGACAGGCUCAUGAUAGAGACCGACUGUCCGUGGUGCGAGAUAAGGCCGACGCAUGCAUCCGCGAACGACGUUAUCACGCACUUUCCGUCUGUGAAGAAAGAGAAGUGGCAAGCGGAUCAGAUGGUCAAAGGGCGGAACGAGCCCUGCACGAUAGUUCAAAUAUUGGAAGUCCUAGCGCGGAUCAGAGACGAGGAAGAGGAGUACCUGUGCAAUCAGAUCUACAAGAACACGAUGAAGCUCUUCUUCCCGUACGAGUUAUAGUGUGCGUGCACUCGGACGCUGAGAUACAGGCGGACUUGCAAGUGCGUUGACGGAACCGUGCACUCGAAAUAUGCACUGGAAAUAAUCAGGGAUAAAAGCUGUGAACGCGCGCGCGGAGUGAGGCGAAGAGAUUAAAGGAAAAGAGGCACGCUGCUGAAAGCUCUAUUGAGAGGAGGAAAAUGAAGACAACUCAUUUUUACAUACGUGGCUUUAUGGAAAGUGACUAAUGUCACUGCCCACACAGAUCUCUCUUCCCAUGUAAAACUUUAAUAUAUUCUUGUUAAAAUUAUAUUAUAUUAUCAUAUCUCAUAUUCAUCCAUUGCAUCUUAUCGCGCUAUUAUUACCAUCAUUUCAUUAUUAUUAUUAUUAUUAUAUUGCGAUAUUUAUUAAUACUAUUCUGCUAUUCCUAAAAAUAUCACCGUUGUUGCUGCGUUA